AUGCGCAAAUAUAAAGUUUUGUUAUUAGACUUGGAAUAUUGGACGAAUGUUGGAAAUCAAGAAAAGACACAUUUUUUUCUUAGUCAUAAUGCCACACCAUUUUAUUCACAAAAGUUAAAGGAUAAAGCUAAACAGUUCAAACUUCAGAAUGCAAAGAGUAUAAUAUCAGAAACAUCAGAUAAUAACAUCUUAGGUAUGCUCCACAAAUGGAGAAAUCCUGUAUUUCAGAAACAAGAUCUUAAUGAAAUAAUUGAUACAAGUAUAAAAAAUAUUUCCAGAACAACUAUUAAAGUUUAUAACUUAACACAACCACAUUCCUUAUCAAAGUCGGAUUUGAAUCAUGCUAAGGUGAUUGGUCAAGUGGAUUGUAAAUUUAUUGCCUGUUUAAUACCUAAAAUAGAAAAAUUUCAAUCUCGCAAUUUGAUUGUGCUUUUUGAUCAACAUGCAGUACACGAAAGGAUACGCCUUGAGAAGUUGAUUAAAGAUUCAUAUGAAAAUAAUUCUGAGGAACAAAACGUAAAGUCGUCAUCAUUGGAUGUUCCAAUCUCUGUUCACUUGAGGCCAGAAGAAAUGAGAAUGUUAAAAGCAUAUGAAUGUCAUUUAGAAAAAAUCGGACUGAAAGUAACUGUUGACGACGAUUCCAUACGUGUUCAUUCUGUUCCAUCUUGUUUAUUUGAAAAAAUUUCAAAUGAAAGCAAAAAGAAGACUACAAGAAUUAACACAAUUGUUGAGAAUUUAUUGCAAGAAUGGAUGGAAAUAACUCAGCUGACGGGUAAUAAGAUCUCUUCCUUACCAAAAACAUUAUUAAAUGUUUUAAAUUCUCAAGCCUGUCGAAGUGCAAUAAAGUUUGGUGACCUGUUAUCCAAAGAUGAAUGUCGCAAGUUAUUGGGUCUGUUGACGCUGUGUAAACUGCCUUUCCAGUGCGCCCACGGUCGUCCCGAUCUUGUUCCCGUUGCGGAUCUUGAUCAUCUGAAGAAAUUGGAACCACUGAUGCAAAAACCACAAUUACAGAAAUUGACCGAAAGGUUACGGAGAAACAAAAGUCCUAAUCAAAAGACAGAUUCUGUCACCAGUUGCAAAUAAUAAGUACACAUCAAUUAAUAGAACUGCAUUAUUAUGUUAUCGUGAGUUGUUAUAAAAUUUUUGUAAGAAAUGAGUAGCUAUCAUUUUUUUUCUCGGUUGUUAAAAAUAUUAAGCCACAAAUUAUACUAGACCGGAGCCAAAAACACUUCAUUGUUAAUAAAAUUUAAUAUUGAUCACUAAUUUUUAUCAAAAAAAACUA